UAGCAGAAGAACAGCGCGUCCAUGUGCGCAUCGACUAAGACUUCAUAGUUCGUUGAAACUACUGAAACCUACCCGUAACAGAGUCUAGUGAUGGAUCCAAACUCCUUGAUCGAAGCCCUGCGGGGAACUAUGGACCCGAACUUGCGAGAAGCAGCGGAGAGACAGCUAAAUGAGGGGCACACCCAGGUGAACUUUGUGUCCACGCUGCUACAAGUCACUAUGUCCGAACAGCUGGACUUGCCCAUCAGACAAGCAGGUGUAAUCUACCUAAAGAACAUGGUGACCCAGUACUGGAGUGAGGGGGAUGUCACAGCUGGCGAGGCUCACAUCAACAACAUCCCAGAGGAGGACCGGCGGUUCAUCCGAGACAACAUCGUGGAGGCCAUCAUACAUUCACCAGAGCGCAUCAGGGUGCAGCUGACCACAUGCAUCCAUCACAUGAUCAAGCACGACUAUCCUGCAAAGUGGACCGCUAUUGUGGACAAGAUUGGCUUCUACCUGCAGUCCGACAACAGUGCCUGCUGGCUGGGCAUCCUGCUCUGCCUCUACCAGCUGGUCAAGAACUAUGAGUACAAGAAACCGGAGGAGCGCAGCCCCUUGGUGGCGGCUAUGCAGAUCUUCAUGCCCAUGCUGAAGGACCGCUUCAUUCAACUACUCCCUGACCAUUCCAGCGACUCUGUACUGGUCCAGAAGCAGAUCUUCAAAAUCCUCUACGCACUCUUCCAGUACAAUCUGCCGCUAGAGCUGAUUAAUCGGCAGAACCUGACAGAGUGGAUGGAGAUCCUAAAGACGGUGGUGGACAGGGAUGUGCCCCAGGAGACGCUUCAGGUAGAUGAGGAUGACCGGCCUGAACUGCCCUGGUGGAAGUGUAAGAAAUGGGCUCUUCACAUUCUGGCGCGGCUCUUUGAAAGGUACGGCAGCCCAGGCAACACCACCAAAGAGUACAACGAAUUUGCUGAGCUCUUCCUCAAGGGCUAUGCUGUUUCUGCCCAACAGGUGCUGCUAAAGGUGUUGUAUCAGUACAAAGAGAAGCAAUAUGUAGCUCCCAGAGUCCUGCAGCAGACUCUGAACUACAUAAACCAGGGAAUUAGCCAUGCCAUCACCUGGAAGAACCUCAAGCUGCACAUCCAGGGUAUCAUUCAGGAUGUGGUCUUCCCCCUCAUGUGCUACACAGAUAGCGACGAGGAGCUGUGGCAGGAAGACCCAUACGAAUAUAUCCGCAUGAAGUUUGAUGUGUUUGAGGACUUCAUCUCCCCCACCACUGCUGCUCAGACCCUGCUCUUCACAUCCUGCAACAAAAGGAAAGAGGUAUUGCAGAAGACCAUGGGCUUCUGCUAUCAGAUCCUCACAGACCCCACUGCUGACCCCCGUAAGAAGGACGGUGCACUCCACAUGAUCGGGUCAUUGGCAGAAAUCUUACUCAAGAAAAAGAUUUACAAAGACCAGAUGGAGUUUAUGUUGCAGAACCAUGUCUUCCCGCUCUUCCGCAGUGAGCUGGGCUACAUGAGAGCGAGGGCCUGCUGGGUCCUGCACUACUUCUGCGAGGUCAAGUUCAAGAGCGACCAGAACCUGCAGACGGCACUGGAGCUGACCCGGCUCUGCCUGAUCAACGACAACGAGAUGCCCGUCAAGGUGGAGGCCGCCAUUGCCCUGCAGGUGCUCAUCAGCAACCAGGAGAAAGCCAAGGAGUACAUUACACCAUUCAUCCGCCCGGUGAUGCAGGCGCUCCUCCACAUCGUGCGGGAGACAGAGAAUGAUGACCUCACCAAUGUCAUCCAGAAGAUGAUCUGCGAGUAUAGCGAGGAGGUCACGCCCAUUGCUGUGGAGAUGACCCAGCACUUAGCUAUGACCUUUAACCAGGUGAUCCAGACAGGCCCCGAUGAGGAGGGGAGCGAUGACAAGGCAGUGACGGCCAUGGGCAUCCUCAAUACCAUCGACACCUUGCUCAGUGUUGUGGAGGACCACAAAGAGAUCACCCAGCAGCUGGAGGGCAUUUGUCUCCAGGUGAUAGGAACCGUUCUGCAGCAGCACGUAUUGGAGUUCUAUGAGGAGAUCCUGUCUCUGGCCCACAGUCUCACGUGUCAGCAGGUGUCCCCACAGAUGUGGCAGCUCCUCCCACUGGUCUUUGAGGUCUUCCAGCAGGACGGCUUUGAUUACUUCACGGACAUGAUGCCUCUUCUGCACAACUACGUUACAGUCGACACGGAUACGCUCUUGUCUGACACUAAAUACCUUGAAAUGAUCUACAGCAUGUGUAAGAAGGUCUUGACAGGGGAUCCAGGGGAGGACCCAGAGUGCCACGCAGCUAAGUUAUUGGAAGUUAUCAUCCUGCAGUGCAGAGGGCGGGGCAUAGAUCAGGUCGUGCCCUUGUUUGUGGCAGUGGCUCUGGAGCGGCUGACGCGGGAGGUGAAGACCAGCGAGCUGAGGACCAUGUGCCUGCAGGUGGCCAUCGCCGCCCUGUACUACAGCCCACCGCUGCUGCUCAACACGCUGGAGAAUCUGCGCUUUCCCAACAACACAGAGCCCAUCACCAACCACUUCAUCACGCAGUGGCUCAAGGACAUUGACUGCUUCCUUGGGCUUCAUGAUAGGAAGAUGUGUGUGCUUGGCCUGUGUGCCCUCAUUGACCUGGAACAGAGGCCACAGGCCAUAAACCAGGUAGCUGGCCAGCUUCUACCUGCAGCAGUCCUGCUCUUCAAUGGGCUGAAGAGGGCAUAUGCCUGCCGGGCAGAGCAUGAGAAUGAUGAAGACCAAGAUGAUGAGGAAGAAGAGGAUGAUGUGGAGAAUGCUGAGUUGGGGAGCGAUGAGGACGACAUAGACGAGGAGGGCCAGGAGUACCUGGAGAUGUUGGCGAAGCAGGCAGGUGAGGACGGGGAUGAUGAGGACUGGGAAGAGGAUGACGCAGAAGAGACGGCCUUGGAGGGUUACACCACCGCUGUAGACGAUGAGGACAACUUUAUCGAUGAGUACCAGAUCUUCAAGGCCAUUCUGCAAAAUGUCCAGACACGAGACCCAGCAUGGUACCAGGCGCUCACGCAAAGUUUAGAUGAGGAACAAGGAAAGCAGCUUCAGGACAUUGGCACACUAGCAGACCAGAGACGGGCUGCACACGAGUCAAAGAUGAUCGAGAAGCAUGGUGGAUACAAGUUCACAGCUCCAGUGGUGCCAACCAACUUCAAUUUUGGAGGCAGUGCUCCAGGACUGAAUUGAAGAAUCGUCUCUUUGCGUUUCUUACUCUGUGACUGAUUGUAGUGAAGUGAAAAAGCUUGUGUUGUUCCCUGAAGUAGUGGUUCCAGUCCUGGUUCGUCUCACUCACUCUUCAACCUGACUGUAUCAAACUGGACAUAGCACCAGAAGAUGUGGGAAAGCAACCAAUUGCAACCAGUGACUGGGGAAAAAACAAGGACUUUAACAUGAAGCAGGCGGGGAGGAAGCUCAGAACAGCAUCGUCUUAUGGAGUCCAAAUUCUGGAGAAUACACCAUGAUGGCAGUGCUUUUCUUUCCCUUAACAAAUUGGGGACAAAAUAAAUGAAUUACAAAUUGACAAUGGCACUACAUGUUUCAUCAGUCUCAUGGAAUUGGCUUAAAUGCCACGUUAAAUUUAUACCUGUGGCUGUGCUGUUUGUCUACAUUUUUGCAUUAACAAAUUUUCAUGUUUGUUAUGCAUAAGCCAAGGUCCUCCAGUAGCCUGGCAGAACAACCUUAGGCAUUUCAAAGGUAUAAGGAAAUGUAUUCAUGUGUAGCAUAUUGGAUACUUGUCAUAGCACUACAUGAUGCCUAAUAUUUGUAAAUUAAUGACUAGCACUUUCUUAUCAUUCAGGUCACCUAGCCUUCUGUAUCA